CGACGGACGACACACCCAUAGUACAAGGCGGAAAAUGAGCAAAGGGUGAUCGUCGAAGAUUUCUAUCAACACAUUCAGCGCGGUCACACCGCCCAACGUUCCCCCUACUCGGUGUCGUGACUGCUGUCCCGUCUGCGAAGAUGGGGUGUACGGGGUCUAAACUAGAUCCUCAGGAAAAAGAGGCGUCUCAAAGAAAUGCAAAGAUCGAGCGCCAGCUACGGCAGGACAGAAAACAGGAGGGCCGCACGGUUAAGAUCCUCCUGCUCGGAGCGGGUGAGUCGGGCAAAUCUACAAUUAUCAAGCAGAUGCGCAUCAUACAUUCCAAUGGUUUUCAAGACGAUGAAAGACUACAAGUAAAAGCCGUCAUUUACUCCAACGUAGUGGUCGCCUUCCGCGUACUGUACGAGAUCAUGCAGGAUGAGAAGAUCGAUUUUGAAGAAGAAAAUAACGAAGCUCACGCUGAUUUCCUUGACAACAUCAAUGCCGACGUGGAUGCCCAUGAAGCGUUCAGAGACAAGAGGGUGAAAGAGGCCAUGAUUGCGCUAUGGAAUGAUGCAGGCGUACAGAAAUCCGUUUCCAAGGGCCACGAAUUUGCCCUUCAUGACAACCUGAACUUCUUCUUCCAGAACAUCAAUCGCAUGUUUGAGCCAGACUGGGUUCCCAACGACCAGGACGUACUGCACGCACGCCUUCGCACUACCGGCAUCACCGAAACCAUUUUCGAACUCCGAGACCUGACCUUCCGCAUGAUGGAUGUCGGAGGACAAAGGUCAGAACGAAAGAAAUGGAUCCAUUGUUUCGAGGGUGUCCAGUGUCUACUUUUCAUGGCAGCCUUGUCCGGUUACGACCAAUGUCUGGUGGAAGAUGUCAACGCCAACCAAAUGCACGAAGCAUUGAUGCUAUUCGAAUCCCUAGUCAAUGGCGAAUGGUUCAGAGACAAGCCAAUCAUCUUGUUUCUCAACAAGAUUGACCUCUUCCGCGAAAAGCUACCCAUCUCGCCUCUUGCAGCACACUUUCCAGACUAUACUGGAAAGGACGGAGACGAAGAAGCAUCCAAGCAAUUCUUUGCCAACCGCUUCAAGUCCAUCAACAAAAAUAGAGAACGAGACAUCUACAUACACUUUACGAAUGCGACCGACACAAACCUCCUAAAGGCCACCAUGGAGGAUGUACAGGACAUACUGAUCCAAAAGAACCUCCAACGACUUGUUUUGUAAUCGAUAAAUGCAACCAAAGUCCCCUGAAUCAUUCUCUGCAUGUUGGCGACGUUGGCUGGCAUGAAUGAUACAAUUUAUCAAUGGCACAACUCGAAAAGCCAUCCACAUCUGGUCGAAUUAUAUCCACGGUGGCAAGGUCUUUGUGGCCUGAUCCUUUCCUCAAGACGCGACCGUCUGGGAAAAUCGUUCUUUCUUUUGUUGUUCCGGACAGCGCUGGCGAAACGGUGUCAUUUUUUACGCGGCCUCACAAUCAAGUCAAUCCGGCGAAACGAAGACUUGA